CGUCACAUGUUGAUGACGUUGAAUUCUGGAAAAGAAAAUGGAGAACUAAUCUUGUAAAAUUGUGGAAAACUGGAACGUCCGACCUCUGCACAGAACUAUUCCAAUGAACGAUAGAAUGGAAAGCUGGGGGAGGAAUGCUGUGUUCAAAGAUAGACGUUGCACAUUGGAGAGAGGAGAAAAAUUUAUCUCAACGUUGUACUUCAAUGAUAUAAAUUUACAUAGUAGACUUUACCCCAAGAAAUGUCCUGUUACACAACUACUCCACUGUCCAAUAAAUGGCCGUUUUGAAUAUGAGAAUGUCAUAAAGAAUAAGAAAGAUUUCAAUACAGUGAAAGUUGGUGACAAAUUUGGACCAAGUUGGAGCACACAUUGGUUUAAAGUGACUGCCACAAUUCCGGAAGAUUGGCUGAAUGAGGAAGUCCAUUUUCGAUGGAACUCCAAUUCAGAGGCAAUGAUUUGGUACGAUGGCAGAGCUGUGCAGGGAUUGUCAGGUUCAGAACGCACUGAUUAUGUUCUAACAGAAUCUUCUACACCUAAUGAAAGCUUUACGUUUUACAUUGAAAUGGCUUGCAAUGGUUUGUUUGGUGCUGGAGAAGGAACAAUGAUUAGUCCUCCAUCAUUAGAUCGAUAUUAUGUUUUAUCUAUGGCAAAUAUUGCAGUGUUUGAUCGUGACUGUUACCAGCUGAUAAUGGAUCUCAAAAUUCUUCUUGGAAUGGCAAGACAUCUACCACAAGACAACCUGCGUGCAUCAAAUGCUCUCUUUGUUGCCAACGACAUUCUUAACAAGUGUGACGUAACGAAACGCGAGACAUUUAAAUUGUGCCAUGAGCUUGCAGAAAGGUUUUUCAAUCAGAAGAACGGCGAAGGGCAACACGUUAUUCAUGCCAUUGGUCAUUGCCACAUCGACACAGCCUGGCUUUGGCCUUACGAAGAGACAAAGCGAAAAUGUGCGCGGAGUUGGUCGUCAGCUAUUCGUAUAAUGGAAAAAUAUCCUGAGUUUGUGUUUGCUUGUUCUCAGGCUCAGCAAUUUGAAUGGGUGAAGAAUCAUUAUCCACACUUGUACGCAGAUAUAAAGACAUUUGUUAAGCAAGGAAACUUUGUGCCAGUCGGUGGAACAUGGGUCGAAAUGGAUGGUAACAUUCCUGGCGGUGAAUCAUUUAUUCGGCAGUUUUUGUUUGGACAGUCAUUUUUCAAGGAAGAAUUUGGCUUCUUCUGUCAAGAGUUUUGGUUGCCAGACACGUUUGGUUAUUCCGCUCAGUUACCUCAGAUUAUGCGCUUGGCUGGCAUAAAAUACUUCGUCACUCAGAAGCUUAGUUGGAGUUUGUUCAAUAAGUUUCCUCACAACUCUUUUAUUUGGGAAGGAAUCGAUGGAUCAAGAUGUCUUGCUCACUUUCCUCCCGGUGACACAUACGAAUCUAUGGUUGAUGUAGAUGACAUUGCAAAGACAAUCAAUAAUCUUAAGGACAAAGGUCGUACGAAUGUCAGUAUGUUACUUUAUGGUUAUGGUGACGGUGGAGGGGGACCAACCGAAGAAAUGAUGGAGAAGUUGAAUCGAAUGAAGGAUACAAACGGUUUACCAAAGGUUGUUUUGUCAAGUCCUCAAACGUUUUUCAAAAUAUUAGAUGAAGAAGAUUCAUCCAAACUUUGUAGUUGGGUUGGUGAACUGUACCUUGAGUUACAUCAAGGGACUUUUACAGCUCAAGCUAAGAUAAAGGAUGGUAAUCGGCGAUGUGAAUUUCUUCUUCACGAUUUGGAGUUUCUUGCUAUAAUUGCUGUUCUGCUGAGCAAGAAUCAUGAAAAUAAAGAUGAAUUUGUCUAUCCCGAAGAAAAAUUGAACAAAUUUUGGAAACUUCUACUUUUAAAUCAGUUUCAUGACGUUUUACCAGGAAGCUGCAUAAAUGAGGUUGUUGUUGAUGCUUUAAGAUAUUAUUCGGACAUCAAGAGAGAUGCCUCCACGUUGGUACAACAACUUUUGAAGAACGUCACCACCAUGGGAAAGUCCAACUCAACCAAAACAACAGAAGGAUCUCAACUUAUAGCCUUUAAUACUCAUUGUUGGCCGAGGCGGGAAGUUGUUCGAUUGUCGAGUGACAUUUCGAUAAAUCAAUUUGAUCAUCUGGAAACUCAAAAACUGAAAAGUGGAGAAAGUUUAGUGAUCGUUGAUGUUCCAAGCAUGGGUUAUUCUGUUAUUGAAGCAUUCAGUGAUUAUGCACCUUGCAGUAUUGAAAUAGUAAAGGACUUGGGUAUUAUAACUAUGAGGAACAGCUUUUUAACGGCGAAAGUUGAUCAAAGUGGUCGAGUCGUUUCUCUUCAACACAAUCAAACAAAAAGAGAAAUCAUCGCUGAGGGUGGUUAUGGCAACCAGUUUGUUAUUUUUGACAAUAUCCCGUUAUAUUGGGAUGCAUGGGACGUUAUGCCGUAUCACUUGGAGACAAGGAAGGAGCUUUCAGACAGCAAAGGUAGCGAGUUGGAAAUCCUCGAAGAUGGUCCACUGUUUGUGGCAGUGAAGUUUUCUCUCAAGAUUAGUGAUGAAUCGUCGAUCACUCAAGUAAUAACUCUUGAUGCAAUGUCAUCGUUUCUUUCAUUUGAAACACAGGUUGAAUGGCAUGAAAAUAGAAAAUUUUUAAAAGUUGAAUUCCCUGUUGAUAUUCGUUCUCCAAAUGCAACAUAUGAAAUACAGUUUGGACAUCUUCAAAGGCCAACGCAUUCCAAUACAAGUUGGGAUUGGGCGAGAUACGAGGUAUGCGGUCAGAAAUGGUUCAAUCUAUCUGAACAUAACUUUGGAUGUAGUUUAAUAAAUGACAACAAAUAUGGUUUCUCUACCCGUAACAACAUCAUGACGAUUUCUCUCCUUCGUGCACCAAAAGCUCCUGAUAACGAGGCAGAUAUGGGAAGUCAUCAGUUUAAAUAUGCAGUGUUUCCUCACUCAGGCUGUUUCCAAGACUCGUGUGUUAUUCAACGUGCUUACGACUACAACAACGCCAUUAAGAUCUUUCAAAGUAACGUUUGUCAAGACUUGAAACCAACGUCAUAUUUUUUUGUCACCAACAAUGCUAUUAUUUUGGAAACGGUGAAGAAGGGGGAAAAUUUUCGAUUUGGUUUCGUGUUGAGGGCGUAUGAAUCAUUUGGUGCAAAAAAUUCUACUAGAAUCGGCACGAUAUUUGAAAUCAGCAAGGCUCAGAGAUGUGAUAUCCUUGAGCAGCCCCAGGAAGAUCUCAUUUGGAAUGAUGACGGAUUAUCGUUGAGUUUUAAACCUUUUGAAAUCAUAACAAUACUGUGUUUUCUCAAGGAAAAAUAAUUUAAAUAAUGCUUUAAAAUCGAAAAUUAAAUUAAACUUAAAUUAGAUUAUCUUUCGUAUAACACAUGCCAAUGGCAACAAUUGUCGUGUGCUACUAAACGUAUAUAGUUUAUCAUACAGUUGGGAUAAUGGAAAAUAUACUAUUAAGUUGAAGAAAAACAAAGUCAGAAAAAUGGAAAAAAGAGCGGCACAAAGGUAUUACACAGAAAAAUCCAAUAAUUUUUGGCUUCUUCUUCAUGUGCACAACUGGUUGUCGAAUGUUGUAUUACAAAAAUGUUACCAUGCACCGAAUUUUAUGUUUAUUAUUGUUUA